GACGAGGUCUUAGUUUUCCAGUCAGUUGUUUCUGGUGAGGGUGUCAGCCAUUACUCGUCCUGUGGAUUAUUCAUGAUGAAAUGAGCAUCACUGUGCAAUAACUAGUUGUCGCCAAACCCAUAAGCUGCAUCCAAUUGUACUCUCUGACAAUCAAGCCAACCAUUCUGGUUCAUCUCUUCUAAGGACCACAAGUAGUCCACUUGGGAACCUUUGUUUGUGAAAAUCCAUUGUACUGGUGACCCGUGACUCCAUAGUAUGGGGUUAGCUAAGCUACAAAACAAUAACUCAUUAUUAAAAUAUCAUCUAUAUGAGGAAUAAAACCAAAGGGAAAGUGAAAAUGUAGUAGCUGUAACUUUUGUCCAGCAAUUUCAGAUUUUUUGUCCAAUACGUUUGAACACAUCUCAACUAUGAGUCAAACACUUAUUUUAUCCCUAUAUAUGUUUGUGUAAGAGACCAGCAAUGAUGUCAAAAGCAGUUCAGCAGGUAAACCUAUCCAAGAUAUGGGUUCACUUAGUUUUCUUCAUCUUCUUGUUCUUCUUCUACUUUCCCAAAAUUUCUCUUCUGCACCUUAUCGCCAUCAACAGUUUGCAACUGGAGAUUCAGCUUCCAUCCGUAAUAUUUGCAAAACCACAAACUACAACAAACUAUGCGUCUCUUCUCUCAAAUCAAAUUCCUCAAGUUUGACAGCUGAUGUUAGAGGUCUUGCUGUUAUUAUGAUUGGUAUCGGAAUGAGUAAUGCAACUCGAACAUCUACCUAUUUGUCCUCUCAGAUGCUUAGUAAUACUAAUGAUGUUGUGAUGAAGAAAGUUCUCAAGGAAUGUGCUGAUCAGUACACGUACGCGAAUGAUGCUUUACAGUCAUCUCUCCAGGAUUUGUCUAACAUGUCAUUUGAUUAUGCUUUUGUUGAUGUUACUGCGGCCAAAGAUUAUCCAAAUAGCUGUCAUAAUGCGUAUCGACGGUUUCCAGGGUUAGCGUAUCCGCCUGAGAUGGCACGCAGGGAAGAGUAUUUGGUGCAAAUAUGUGAUAUAGCUCUUGGAAUGAUAGGCAAACUUCUUGAUUAGUAAGUAAAAUAAGCAUGAAGCCCAAUUAAUCGAGAAUGUGUCUCAUUUCUCCUUCUUGUAUCAUUUUCAUUUUUUUGGGGUACUGUUCAUAUAUUUAUUUUUUCUCCUUGUAAUAUUGAACCUGCAAGCUCUUGUCCCACCUUGUUAUUAAUUCAAUGCGGAUUCUUGCUCAUC